GUCAGAGACGCUUUGCGCUUGAAAAACACAGCAACACAUCGUCAAUCAUGUUGAUAAAACAAAAGGAUGCGCCUGUCUGUGCCAUUAGACAACUUUCGCUUUCAGACUGAGCAGAACUGGCUGAACAGUUAUGUGUCGUGCCCAGCCGCUUAUGACAGCGUGAAAAGGAGAAGAUAUGGACUGGCGAGGUGACUUCCUAAACGACCAUGCAUUUGUGGAUCUGCAGGUCGAAGGGACACCUGGUGAGCUGGACAUCCAGAACUUGAUCAGAGACACAGAGGAGAAACUUAGACUCAACGCAUGCAGUAUUGAACAAAACCUUAAGGAACUGCAAGCCAAGGUUGGCGAGGCCUGGACUGGAGAGAGAGUGCCCAGUCCUGUAGAAUGCCUCCAAUGGUUUGGUCAGCGUAAUUUCAGCAUCCUGAAACCAGUGGCCACUGGACACCAAGAGCUGCUGGACUUCUUCCGAGCUGUGCAAAACUUUCUUAAGACAGAGGAGGCUUGUGAAGAGGCCAUUCUACAGUUACUGCUUAACAUCUCCUCACAGUGUGGUGUUGCUUUUCCUUUGUGCCCUGCAUCUACCCAAGAGCAGACCCCAAUCGCUACUCUAUCCACUCCACAUGAUGAUCUCGCUCUGGGGAUCCAGGAAGCAUGGAAUGAUAUUUGUUUCUCAUUGAGGAACCACCUACUGGGCAGACUGCAGAUGAUGGCUGAGCCAAGCCAGAUUGAGGGUGGACUGGGCAUUGGUGUUCCUCAGAAGAAUCUCUGCCUUCAGGAACUGUUUUUUCUUCACCCUCAAGCCGAGGUCCUCAGCUGGUACCAGCACAUUCAGAUCAAGGCUGUACUCUGUGUUCUCCAAAACAGCCAGGGCUGCAGCCCAGGGGGUGACAAGGGCUUCGACAGACUGGCACUAAGCUUUCAGACUGCAUCCCCAACUCUCAGCUGUAUGCUUAGUCAAGAAAUCCAGGUGCUUAACGGGGUGGCAGAACCACAUAAUAUCCUGUCAUUCCUCAACAAGGUCUACUUGAGCACAUUGGCACAGGAACUGGGCGUACUAAUGGAGAAGGAGAUUGAAACAGCACUGAAAGACAACACCACACACGGCAGCAAGGGAGGAAAGGCGUCAAACAAGAAGUCUGCAGUGGCUCCUCGGGAACCUACCCAAAGAGGGCGGAACUUCUGCCUCACUUCCCAUCAGCUCAGGUGCCUGACCCAGCUGGCCUCCACUUUACUGGAGCUGGAACAGAAUGUGGAAGACCUGACAACCCAUCUGGGUUUUCUUAGCUGCACUGGAGAAUCAGUCUGCAGUGCCAAAGGGACGCUGAAGAAGGUCAGGGAUGAUAUGGAGGGAAUGUCAGCCGAAGACAAAACCACAGCAGAUUUUGGGCUGCGGACAACAGAGGUGGUCUGUCUUGAGUUUGGGUGGAGGGCUGCAUUCAGAGGGCUGGUUCCUCAGAUGGGUCACUGUUUAAAGGUGGUGCUGGAUGAUGUGUGCACUAAGAGUUUACAGCAGGAGGAAGCUACAAACACCCCAAUCUCUGCCCACAUCUACAUCACCCCUGUAACCCACAGAUACGGACCAGAGAGAGACUCUCCCAAGACAGUGGCCAAGUUUUGUGCAGACAUUAUAGAGGAGUUGGAUGCUUUUCUCCCACUGGCUGUGGCAUGUAGAGAGGACACCCUGCUCCCCGUGCGCUCCAGCUACAUAGAGGUGUGUGGCCGUGUGACCUCCUCUCUAUUGACGAGACUGGAGGAGAGGGCAGGGGAAGUGCCAGCCUCAGCUCCCCUUAAGAACCUGCCCAUACUGAUGGCCACCAGUGCAUAUAUCCACCAGGCACUCAAGCAGUAUGAAAGCCAGCUCAGAGACUCUACACACAUGCCUCUAACUCUGCUGCCCAUUCAGAGAAGCCAGUAUGUAACAGCAGCCUUGCACAAACACCUGACCAGCUACUGCGUCCAUGUGUGUGCCACUAGUAUACUGCAGGAUGCUGAGAGUCACUACUGGAGUGACCCUAACCCAUUUUACGAGGGUGAAAGGUGUUCUUUCUCCAUCCAGAUGUGGCACUAUUUUCUCACAGGCCUGCGCAAUGACCUUUGGGGUGCUCUUGGCCCCUUGCAUGCCCGACAGAUCCUGGCCCAGGUGCUGUGUCAGACCCUGGAGAUCUUAGUUCAGAGGUACUCAAGAGUGCGGCCCUCCUACAAAAGACUCUCCCAGAUCAGGGUUGACAUUACAGCUAUUCUGCUUUGCGUGGAGCAUCUGAUGUGGAGUGUGUGUGAGUCAGUGGAGGAGUUGCUCAGACCUGAUGCAACCUGUGGAAGCUGGGUGUGGUCCAUACACAGCCUGUGCAACCAGCUACUGAGUGUACUGCUCAUCCUGACCUCACCUCUACCUGAGCUGCACAGGAUUUUUCUGGCAGAUUGUGGUGGAGAUAGCAUAUCUGCACAACUUCCAGAGGGCGUGAACUGUCAUGAAACUAAGUGGCUGAAUGCGAUCAACCCCAGACUGUUCACAGAGCAGCUGCUGAGGGAUUUUCCAGCAUCUGAAGGAUCCUCUAUAUGUCUGUUCGAGCUGCUGGUAUCUGGACCCUACUAUGAUCCAGCUCUACUUCUGCAGACCAUCCUUCACAAGGACUGUCUCCUAAUACAGCUGCUCAUCUCACACUCAUAUCUUUGUGUGGACAGAGAAAUGGAGGUGUCUCCUGAGAUGCAGACAGCGGCUGCAGAGUUUUUGGAAGCUGUUUUUGCCAUCCUGUCCCCUCUAAACCACCUCCCCAGGGCUUUAACUCAAGUGCUGGAGGGCUUCCUGGAUCAGAGACGCCUCUGGGAACAAUUUUACAACCUAACAGACUCCAGUAAAGAGGAACUCAGCUUGUAUAAAUGCAUCAGGUCUAUUGUUUGUGGACCCACUAAGAAACUCCUGACCCACCUGGUGGGCAUGGUGCAGGCAUGUAAGGAUCAGCCUGGACCCCUGAUUAGACAGCACCUACCAGACAAUGUACUAAGCAAGGUCCCGAAAGAGUGGAACUACACUCCCGAACCCAAGUUUAAUGAGACCAACAAGAACAGCAUGAAUCUAGCAAUCCAAGCCCUCUCUUUUAUCUUCACCCACCUUCCGUCAGCUGUAGCCUCCCUCCCUCUACCUGUGCGCUUCCUCUUCACUGUGGCUGAGAAGAGGCUUUCUCAGCAUGCUCGGCAGAUCAGGUCCUCUGGCCUGCUCCUCUGGGUCUUAUUGGGCUGGCUCUGCCAGGAUCUGGAGAAUGGAGACACCCUGGAGCUACUGACUGCACAGCCCCUAGAUAGAGCAGAAAAGGAUAGGCUGAGUCUGCUAUCAGAGUGCCUGCAGGUCAGCUUGGGCCAGCAGAAAGGUGUGCCAAAGCCUCUGGUUCAUAAGGUGCUCCAGGGUCUGGAGGAGAAGAGGCCCAAAUACACCUCUAUGCAACUGCAGAAGGCACGAAAGCUUUGUAGUGAGAGUGUAUUUGAGCGUAUGGAGAGCGGCCCGGCGCAGGAAAGGAUGGGUCCCACUGAACUGACUGAGCAUAAAAUAAGGCAGUUGCUGCUGGAGCUGUGCCAUAGAGCAGGUGGCAGCCAGCACCUCCGGCAAAUCCAUCACAGCAUCCAGCUCAAUGAGGCAUUAUUGAGGUCCGUCCUAACACCUCUUCCGGAGACUAAUGCAGACUCUCCUUUAGGACCUGUCAGUUUCUCAUCUGAAGCAAACGGUCCUACCUGCCAUAUAUCCCAGUUCAACCCUCUCACUGAGUGUAAUUCUAUCGGCUGUAACAAGUUUGAUCAGGCUGCUAUGGGUGAGAGGGAGUGGGACUGGGCCCAACUGCUGCCAGCCUAUCAGAGCAUGAGUCAAGUGACUUUCACAACGCUGCUCGCUAACAGAUGGGAGAUGCAAGAUGCCGCAACACUAGAGGACGACGAGAAGGUUUUUGUGGAUCAUUUUAAGAAGAUUUACUUCAACAAGUGUCAUGAAACGGAUCACAAAGUACCACAGACUGUGUAAAGUUUUUGCAUUAACGUGUUGUGGUUCUGACAGUUCUUUGAAAUAGAGAUAUAAUCACACACACACACACAAACACACACACACACACACAAACCUGUCAUAUUAUAAAUAACAAGAAAAGACUUCCAUCCACUCAAUAUUUGUAAUUCGCUCAGAUGGAAAUUAGCCCAUUAUCUUUUAUUAUCCCAAUGACAAUAUGACAGCCUUUGUAAAAAUGUACUUUCUCUGAGAUUCAUUUAUAGGAAAAUCAUUAAUGUCAACAGUUAAAAUAAAAAAAAU